UUUCAGUAUUUCUACAGUGCAAUAAGUGAUGGCAAUGAAUAUAGAUAGAUAGAUAGUUAAAGCUUGAGGACUGCGAUUCCAGAAAUAGUGAAUUUGUGCCAUUUAGUUAAAUAAUAGUAGAAUUUAAUUACAUUUUAUAUGUGUAUUAUUAUUACAAAUAACUAUGUUCAAGAAAAACCAAAAGAAAGAGGAAAAAAAGUCUGUAUCGGGUAAAAUAGGAGACACAACCACAACUAGCCAGGUUAAGUACGAAAGGAGAUUAUCAGAGAAUACAGUGGAGCAUCGAUCUGUGACAUACACGUCGACAGCUUAUAGUUCUGUGAGGGUGACGAAUAAGGAUUUCGGAAAAUCAACAGUUACAAACAGUGGAUCAUUAUUCGGCAACAAUUCGAAUAUCCUAAAACCGCUCGGUGACAGAACUCAUGCGAUCGACGCCCCACCGUUUAGCACGGCACGUUUAACAUCUGCUAACGAAGGGGGAUACAAAAGUAUUUUCUCUCGUAAAUUAGCCCCUUAUUCCACCGACGCUAGGCCAUUUACAUUUCAGCAGCCUCCUCAAAGGACACUUCCGAUCCAACCGUCUCCAAACGCCCAAGUCUUACCGAGGUACAGCAGUUACCUCCCUGAAUCUAGGACUACGUUGAAUACAGCACCAAGUACUCAUUCUCUACCAACUUCUAAUGAACCGAACAUUCAAGAGGAUCCUCGUAUUCCUACGUACAAUACGAAGGGUAAAAACAGAGGAAACGUACUGAUUAUUAAUAAUAUAAAAUUCCUGCAAGAGAAGCAGGAACGUAAGGGGGCGGAACUAGAUGAGAAAAAUCUACGUACCUUGUUCAAGGACAUGGGCUUCAACGUAGAAACUCACAAGGAUUUAAAAAAGGCUGCGAUGGUGACCAAAAUAUCCAGGUUCUCCGGUGACAGUUCCCUUAAAAAGGCUGACAUAUCCGUAUUGAUAAUGAUGAGUCAUGGGAGCAAUGUCGACGAGAGCGGUAAAGUAAUCCAAGGCGGAUUUACCCAAAUCUACGGCAUAGACGAUGGGGGUUUGGCUAUCGAUGACAUUUUAGACAAAUUUUCUGGUGAAAAGUGCCCUGCCAUGGCUGGCAAACCUAAAAUAUUUAUAUUUCAGUGCUGCAGAGGUGAAAGGCAAGAACAUAAUUUGCACAACGACGGAGUGCCCAUGACCAGAAAUGUUGUUAAGAAACACGGCGAUAUGCUUGUCGCGUUCUCCACACUACCAGGGUUCUUUUCAAUAAGGGACACCCAGCAAGGAAGCUGGUACAUACAGAGUAUAUGUGAAGUGUUCAAGAAGUAUGGUAAGGAAAUGGAUGUCGAAACUUUGCUCAAAAUUGUUGACGAACAGCUGUCUAAAAAACAUCCUAAGUACCAACAGACAUCUACGUAUGAAUGUCGAGGAUUUAAACGUUGUUUCCUUAACCCCAAGUGACGAAUGAUUAAAUAUUAUUCUAUAAGUAAUUAAUUUCUUCCCAAGAUUGUUUUAUGAGUGUCCGUAUGAGUAAAUUAUUUUAAUUAGAUUAUGUAUUCCGUGAAACUUUUAAUUCGUUCUAUUCUUUUAUUCCAUAUGUUUUAAAUGUCCUGAACGAAAAUUUUGCAAAAGGAUCAUGGAUAACCAUUAUAUAAUUUGUCCACGAUUGGAUGUUAAAUGUAUUUUUAUCAAAUUUUAUGGGCGUCAAGUGCAAUUUUAUCGCCUUUAUGAUCCUUUGACAAUUUUGCAUCAAACGUAAUAUUUUAUAAUUAAGGAGAGAACGCGUUCGCGGUCCGUUCUGACCUUAGCUGAUCGCGGUCUUUUACAAAAUCAGUCGCAUUUGGCAAUCGUAUACAAUCCUGUUCCUGCUCUUUAAAUAGUUGAGGCAUUGUUUUAGUAGUUAGAAAAAUUAUUUAUGUGGAAGAGGAAGCUCGUCUCGAUCGCAUCGAUUCUUUGGAAAAGAUCGGUGGAGAAUGCGAUGCGAGCGAGACGAGCACAGGAACGUCUAGUACAAAUGCAUACAUUAUAAAACAUGGGAAGGAACUCCACCGCAUGCAAUCGAGAUUGGCAGGGUCCACGAUGCGACAGGACCGUGACUGCCUAAUGCGUUCUUUCCUUUAUCAUUCUACUAUAGACAAUCAUAUUUUUUAAAGUUGCAUUUUUUAUUUAAAUAGAUCAAUGUAAAAUGUCAAAGAUCAUAAUAAAUCUUUUAUUUUGUGUUUUUAGUUUGUAUUAUAUAAAAUUUAAGUAGUCCUUAGUCAUUAUAAUGACAAUAAAAAUUGUUAAAUAAAAAAUGCCAUAUCACUGCUUAGUCAAAACCUUCAUUAAAUUUUUAUCCUUGUAUUUUCAUUGUCGUUUCUCAUAAAUCUUAAAAAAAAGGUUUUGACUUGGUAACUCUGUUGUGUUAAGGGUAGACUGUGAUAGUAAGAAAUAUUUUAUCUUUUCUAACGCAUAUUCUAGUAUUGUUCAAUUUUAUACAUAUAAUAAAUAGAUAAGAGAAA